AUGUUGCCCGUUCAGCCCCUCGGGAGACUCUUCGGCAGGGCCGUCGGCCACCGGAAAGAAGAAGCGCGCGUCGCUGGGAAGCGAGUGCUGGUGGCAGGACUGGGAAAUUACGGCCUUAGAGGAACCCGCCACAGCGUGGGCAUGGCCAUGCUGAACCACCUGGCCCACAAACUGAGCGUGGCAGAUCAGUGGAAAACAGACCGGCGCUGUUGUGGAGAUGUCACCAUCACCAAGCUGGACAACGUGGAGCUUGUGCUGAUGAAACCCCGCAGGCUCAUGAAUGUCAACGGCCUCUGCAUAGCCGGGGCUGUGAAUACAUACAACCUGAGCGCAGAGGACGUUUACCUGGUCCACGAUGACCUGGACAAGCCCCUGGGGAAGGUCGCGUUGAAGCUGGGAGGCAGUGCCAGAGGUCACAACGGAGUCCGUUCCUGCAUCAACUCCCUAAGCUCAGAUAGCAUGGUUCGAUUAAGGAUCGGUAUCGGCCGCCCGGUGGGGGAAGCCACCGUGGAUCGCUACGUUCUGGGCAGGUUUACCAGCGCCGAGCAAGAAAUCCUCCCACAAGUCUUCGAGCAGGCAGUCGAGAUGCUCCUGGAACACAUCCGGCAGAGGGACAACACCAAGGGGAGCCUAGCAGCUUGUGGCGAACGAAUCAGAGCCCCUCUGGGGACGGAGGGGGCAUGA